CUUGGUAUGCUCCAAGAUGGCAGCCCUCAUAUUGAGCCGCUGCUGCCUUCUGGCGCGGAAAGUACCUCUGCUUCCGCUCUCUCUGGCAGGUGAAAGAGGACUGCUUUCUGCAGCAUAUGUGGACAGCCAUAAAUGGGAAGCAAGAGAAAAAGAACACUGUCACCUUGCUGAUCUAGCAUCUUUAAUGGAUAAAACAUAUGAGAGAAAGUUGCCUGUUAGUUCUUUAACAAUAUCACGGUUUGUGGACAACAUUUCCUCUAGAGAAGAGAUAGACCAUGCCGAGUAUUACCUUUACAACUGUGAACAUCCCACUAAGAACUAUAGACGCACACCCAUGUGUACGAAGAAAAAGUACAGCACCAUCUAUAGUAGCAAAAGACACAAAUAACCUAAAGCUGGUUAAAUAAGGGGAUGGUCAAUAAAUUGAUUUAUUCUGAUAGUUGGUUUUUCAUCAUUCAGAUAUCUGUCCAAAUGAUACCCUACAACUUUUUAUUUUGAUUCCCUUAUUGUGUUUUAAAAAUCUGAUUUAUGAUUUGUUCCACUUGCUGGGUUUCAAAAAUAGACUCCAAUUGAAACUUUUAAAAUGUUUUCUAGUAAGCAUUACAUUAAAAUUUGCCAUUUGAUCUUA